CACUAACAAAAUCACACCUUAUCUAAUUCCACCCCUUCAACUUCCUUUCACAUUUUGACUUCUCCGCCUGCAACUUUUCUCACCCUUUCUGUUCAUAUCCAUACCUCUUCAAAUCGAAGUCUACAGAGAAGGGUUCCUUUUUGUGGAUGUUUCCUAUUCGGUUUUUGGUCCAGAAAUAGCAAAGGGUGUUGCUCCUGGAAUUGAGGAUCGAGUUCUGGAUUUUGGAUUCUGGAUUCGGAGAGCUGAGCCUCUCUGUUUGUUUUCUUGCAUUGGAUAGAGAUUUAGAACCAUGGAGGCUUAUAAAAGAUGGGUUAGGAGGAAUAAAGACUACGUCCACUCGCUGGAAUCUCUUGCCAAUAUGCACAAAUCCAUGCCUUCUAUCUAUUACUUUUAUUGUUUGGAUCUUCCAGCUGCUGGUAGCAGAAAUGGAUUGACGUGGCUUCUUCGUGAGCGGUUUUCUGCUUCAGAGAUAGGACCAGAAGCAGUAACUGCUAUCUUGGGCAUAAUCACUGGUAUCAAUGAGCAUAUAAUUGAUACGACGCCAACCCAAUGGCAUGCUGGUUCUGUGGAGCCAUAUUCUUUCCCUUAUUCAUUGUGUAUAUCCGCAAUAAAGGACUUGGAAACGCUAGUUGAAGUUACAGCACAACAUUAUUAUGGUGAAGAUAAGAAAUGGAAUUUCAUAGCUGUUACAGAAGCAUUAACGGUGUUAGUUAGGCUGGCUUUGUUCCGGAACAGUGGAUAUAAGAUGCUUCUACAUGGAGGAGAGACACCAAAUAUUGAAAAGCAUUCAGAUUUUUCUUCUCAACAAACUGUUGGAGGUUUCCUAAAGCCUGGAAACCAUGGGCCUAGUCAUUUACGAGGUAAUAAUGGACGGAAUCCAUGGAAUCCAGAAGGGAGGGCAUUGUCAGCAUUGAGCAGGUUUGGACAAAAUGCUAGAAUGGUAUCUGACCCAGUAUGGUUGCGUAGGGUUCAACAUCAGCAUGCAAUUAUGGAGCCUCCAUCUCCAAUGGUUGAUAGGACGACACUUUCCACAAUAUUGUCUGAGAAAGGUCUACAUGGAGCAUUAUUUGUCAUAGGAGAGGUGCUCUGUAUCACAAGACCCCUUAUUUAUGUUAUGUUUAUCAGAAAAUAUGGAAUUCGGUCUUGGACCCCUUGGUUUCUUUCUCUGGCUGUGGAUCUUAUUGGAAUAGGCUUUCUAACACAAGUUACGAAGUCAAUGCAUGGAGGAAAAAGGCAACAGUUUCGUCUUACUGUCUCUGAAAAAGAUGAGUUAAAAAGAAGAAAAUUGCAAUGGGCACUUUACGUUAUGAGAGAUCCAUUCUUUAGCAAGAACACCAGGCAAAGACUUGAAUGCAGUGAAAAACUACUGGAACCUAUUCCUAUAAUUGGGGUUCUAACUGCAAAAAUUGUUGAGCUUGUCAUUGGAGCUCAGACUCGUUACACUUACAUGUCAGGAUCAUAAGACAAAUCUGCAACAGAUACAUCUAAUUGUCGGGGCUCUUUCAUGGCCUCAUUGGGCUUCUUUGGCUUUGCAUGUCUUCUGAUGGUGAGGCCUCCCGUCUUUACUUCCCUAGGAUGAGACUGUCCCUGAUUGGAAGGUUCGGUCUACAGGCAACCAUUUUUUUGCCUUUUUGCUAUUCGGGUCCAAUUAUGCAAGUCAAUGCCAUCCAAAUUCUAAGGGUUUUUUUUUUCCUAACCCCUGAGCUUGGAUCUUAUAUAUGAGUUUUGAACGGUUAGGCUUAGGAAGUAUUACUUAUUCAUAUUUAGGUUUUGUGCUUUCAGUUUGUAUGAAUUAAACUACCUAAUGAAAUUCUCAUUAUUUUCGACAAAAAAAAAUCUUACUAUUAACAAUCCUUUAAAAAAAAAAAAGAUCACGGUUGAGGGAUCAAGUGGAUUCACAAUUAAUAUGAAUCAAAGGGUUUUCAAUAACAUAAAAUCU